CUGGUUUGUUUUUCAGAUGAUGAUGGUUUUAGUGGCAUGGAUUGGCUUGGUACACAUCCAGACUCAUUGAAAGGUUUUUCGUGGCGUGGUGGUAGCAAGCGAGAUACGAAUGGAAUUCUCAUUUGGAGUCAGCCUUUUAUAAUGAAAGAUAAAAAUGGAGAGGAGAUUGCAGUCAUCCUCAUGGAUACACAAGGGACAUUUGAUUCCCAGAGUACGGUCAAGGAUUGUGCCACCAUUUUUGCGCUUUCUACAAUGGUGUCUUCAAUGCAGAUAUACAAUUUGCUACAUAAUAUUCAAGAAGAUCAUUUGCAACAUUUACAAAUGUUUACCGAGUACGGACGACUAGCAAUGGAAGAUAAUGAAAACAAACCUUUCCAGUCGUUACAAUUUCUUGUACGUGAUUGGUCUUUCCCUUAUGAAGCGGAGUUUGGUUACCAAGGAGGUCAGCGUGUUCUCGACGACCGAUUACAGGUCUCAGCAAAGCAGCAUCCUGAACUGCAGCAACUGCGGCAACAUAUUCGCAGUUGCUUUGAAAACAUAUCCUGCUUUCUUAUGCCGUAUCCUGGCAUAAAGGUUGCUACGAAUCCAGACUUCAACGGUUCUUUGGCUGAUAUCGAACCGGAGUUCCAACAACAAUUGCGUGUAAUGGUGCCUCGCAUUCUCGACUCAUGUAACUUGGCAAUGAAAGAAAUUAAUGGACAUAAAGUGACGUGUAGAGAGCUCGUCGAAUAUUUCAAGGCAUAUAUGAAAAUUUUCCAAGGCCAAGAUCUACCUGAACCGAAAUCUAUGCUUAUGGCAACUGCGGAAGCGAACAACUUGGCUGCUGUUGCUAGUGCACGAGCUCUUUAUCAAAGAGAAAUGGAGGAGAUUUGUGGCGGUGACACUCCGUACAUGAGCACCAAUGAGUUACUUGAACAGCACCAGCUCUGCAAAAACGAUGCUAUCCGCGAGUUUCGCAAUACUCGGAAGAUGGGCGGAGUGGAGUACAGUGUCCAAUUUUUGGCGAAACUUGAAGAUGAAAUAGAGGAAAGCUACGAGUCCUAUCUGAAGAUGAACAACGGAAAGAACUUGUUCAAAUCAAUGCGCACGCCAGCUGUUCUUGUUUCAUUGAUGAUAAUCGACUAUAUAUGUCAGGAAUUCUGUCAGAUGAUUGGACUCGACUUUUUCGCUGGACUCUUUUCCUCUAUACUGGUCAUUGUUAUUGGAGCACUAACUGUUUGGGCUUAUGCGAGGUACUCCGGCACACUCCGCGAAGCCAGUGGCUGGGUUGACGACGCUGUCACUUUCAUGUGGACGAACUUCAUAUCACCGAAUGCUGGACAGUUGGGAGCUCUGGGUGGUGCCAUUCAACUCGGAGAUAAAUUAAGUGUAGGUUUCUUCACUUCUUGA